AUGUCUUAUAGUAAAACUCGAAAGCGUAAGUGGGAUCUUGAUGAUCAAGGAAAAAAAGCACCUCCAGCUACUGCACCUACACCAAAAUCAAUCACAACAGAAGCUACUAGCGAUGAGUCUGAAUAUAAAGCUCCCUUGAUGACGACGACGUCGAAUUCCCAAAUUUCUGAAACUUUUGAUCCCAACCUUGCAGCGGCUGCCGCUGCUGCUAAGAUAAAUGCAAUGCUUGCAGCUAAAAAAGGCAUUCAGGUUCCAACGAAAUCAUCAGUCAUGUCGGCAUCUAAAGCAGAAGCAGCCGAUAGCGGUUUUGAGGAUUAUAGACAGCUCAAGCAGCCCAUCAAGGAGACUGAUAUGGAUUUUAUUAUAGAUAUUACCAUUAAUGAUUGUAAAAAUAGAUACCUUUUGACUAAAGGUUUAACUCAACAAAUGAUCCAAAAAGAAACUGGUGCAGAUGUAACAACUCGUGGGAAAUAUUACCCUGAUAAACUCCUCGCCACCGAAAAGGAUCCGCCCCUUUUUCUGCACGUGACGGCGUCAACUCAGGAAGCGUUAGAUGCCGCAGUCAGUAAAAUAAAUGAGCUGAUGGAACAAUCUUCCGCACCUCCUCCGCCUACGACAACGCCUCGUCCAUCCGGUCCCCAUCCAGGAGGAAAGCAAUUUGUUCAGGAUAAAGUAUUUGUUGGUAUCGAACCUGAUCGUACCUUUAAUGCGCGAGCAAAAAUUGUAGGGCCACAAGGUGCUUAUGUUAAACAUAUUCAACAAGAGACUGGAGCAAAAGUACAACUUAAAGGGCGGGGGUCUGGUUAUGUCGAACCUACUUCGGGAACGGAAGCUUUUGAACCGUUACAUAUUCAUAUCACAUGUUGGAGUCAAGAAGGGCUUGACAGGGCCAAGAAAUUAUGCGAAGAUCUUAUAAACACAGUAAAGUUGGAAUGGGACAGACACAAGGCACAGCAGGCAUCUUAUCCUACAUACGGAAGGUCUCCAUAUCCCCGUCCGCCUGUUUAUGGGCAUCCUACACCACCAAUUUCAGGGUCUUACCCUCCUCCGCCAGCCAAUCCACCUUUACCUAGUGGACCACCACCACCAAUUAGCGCUCCAAAUAAUUCUUCAUCUCAACCUCCAUUACCAACCUAUCCGCCACCACCAACACCUUCUUCACAAUCUUCACAGCCUUCUUCAACUUCUGCUUCAGUAUCUGCAGCACCAGUUUCUUCCCCUACUAUGACAUCAACUCCAUAUAAUAAUAAUAACACGAACGCUUACGGGACAAACACAUAUAAUAAUGCUAAUAACACGUAUCCGACUAGCGGCGCUACCUAUAAUCCAUAUAAUCCAUAUAAUCAAUCUCGGUAUUACCAAUAUCCACAGUACAAUUAUUAUUCGCAAGCUGCUCAACCUGCCACGCAGACCGCUGAUGCAGGUUAUUAUUAUGGAUAUUCGGGUUAUAAUAAUGCUGCGGGAUAUCAGACUUCAGCUGGAUAUCAGGUUACGGCGACGUCGGCACCAGUUCCACCGAUAACAUCAUCGUCAGCAAUGACAAACACUUCGACAUUGACGUAUGACGAUAAAAAGCAAUCUUCAUCUUAUCAUGCCGUACCACCACCGGAUUCUUAUGAUAAUGAGGUUGGUAAAUUAUAA